GUUCGACGUUCUGAUUAGUAUUUGCGCGUCGUCGUCUUUGUAACGUUCGGAAAACCUUUUGGAAGAAUUCCAAGUUCGCUUGAAAAUUGAAAAAUUGCAAUUUUGCAAGACAACAAUUUAGUGUAUACAACUACAGCAAAUAAACUGAGUUGAAAAUUUUUAUUGUGAAAGUGUGCAAACCGAAAUAAGGAAACGCUAUUGAACAGGAAAAACCACGCCAAUAAUAACUGCAGACAAGUUUUAAAGUAAUCUCGCAUUCAGUUGACAAAGCAAAUAGAAAAACACAACAAUGGGAUCUAUACCAAAACUAUCAAUUGUUAAAGGCCAACAACAGGAUAUAACGCCCCGUCCGUUGCAUCGCCUUUUUGAGGCAAAUCUGUUGCAUCACUCGCACAAAACUGCACUGAUAACGCACAGCAAUGGCGGUUCAAUCGCAUCUGAAGCCACGCAAUGCACUUACAAGGAAUUGAAUCAGCGCUCCAACCAAUGUGCACGUCUACUAGCGGCUGACAUAAACCGUAACUGUUUGCAACCUAACACCGACGGCGAUUAUAUUAUAGCAGUAUGCAUGGAACCAUCAGAUGUGCUCAUCAAUACGCUGCUCUCCAUCUGGAAAGCGGGAGCCGCCUAUCUACCAAUUGACCCCACCUUCCCGAUCACACGCAUACAACAUAUCCUACGAGAAGCGCGUCCGACUAUGGUGCUAUGUGAUGACAAUAUUGAACAACAACGCUUUAGCGGCACACUCACCAUUACAAGCUCGGAACUCAUUCGCCGUUCCACCGAGUUAAGUAACGCAAACUUAAUUGCUGCCGAGAUGCUGGCCGACGGUAGUAAUCAUUUGGCGAUUGUGCUCUACACAUCGGGCAGUACUGGUGUACCAAAAGGCGUGCGCCUACCACAUCACGUAAUCUUGAACCGUCUGCAAUGGCAAUGGCACAAAUUGCCUUACGCGCCAACUGAGUCGGUGAGCGUUUUCAAGACAGCACUCACAUUCGUCGACUCAGUGUCCGAACUGUGGGGGCCGCUGAUGUGUGGACUUUCUAUUUUAGUUGUACCCAAAGUAAUAACUAAAGAUCCGGAGCGUUUGGUCGAUUUGCUAGAGAAAUAUAAAAUACGUCGUUUAGUUUUGGUGCCAACACUUUUGCGUUCUAUUUUGAUGUAUUUGAAGUUGAACGAUGGCAAUUCAAGACAUCAACUGGUGCAACGCGACCGACUUUUGUAUAAUUUGAAGAUUUGGGUUUGUUCUGGUGAACCUUUGCCGGUAGCACUGGCAGAAAGUUUCUUUGACUACUUCGCUGAGGGCAUACAUAUGCUGUAUAACUUUUACGGUUCCACCGAAGUGAUAGGUGAUGUUACGUACUUUGCUUGUGAAAGCAAAAAGCAAUUGAGCCAGUUCGAUCAUGUACCGAUUGGCAUUCCACUUUCCAACACUGUUAUCUACUUACUUGAUGGAGACUUCCGCCCAGUCAAAUAUGGCGAAAUAGGUGAAAUAUUUGUUUCGGGCCUGAAUCUUGCCGAAGGUUAUGUAAAUGGUAGAGACCCGGAAAAGUUUGUCGAAAAUCCAUUGGCUGUGGAAUUAAAAUACUCACGUCUAUAUCGCACUGGUGAUUAUGGCUCUAUACGGGAUGGCAAUGUGAUGUACGAAGGCCGAACCGAUUCGCAAAUAAAGAUUCGUGGUCAUCGUGUCGAUCUUAGCGAAGUUGAAAAGAACGUUUCAGAGUUGCCGUUCGUCGAUAAAGCGAUCGUACUUUGCUAUCAUGCCGGCAAAAUUGAUCAGACGAUUCUAGCUUUUGUUAAGCUACGCGACGAUUCACCGCUAUUCAACGAACUACAAAUCGAGGCUAAAUUGAGAGAUAAGCUCGCGGAGUACAUGUCACCACAAGUUGUGCUUAUUGACCAAGUUCCAUUCCUUGUCAAUGGGAAAGUAGAUCGGCAGGCACUUCUCAAAACUUACGAGACAGCCAAUAAUAACGAAGGCGAUUCCAGUAUUGUGCUGGACUAUGAUUAUACACUCGUACCCGAAGAGGUAAAGCACAUUGCCUGUGAUCUCUUUGAGACCGUGGGUGGCGUAAUCGGUCGUUCUACACGCGCCACUCUAUCGCCUCGCAGCAACUUUUACGAGUUGGGCGGAAAUUCGUUGAAUUCGAUUUACACAGUCACACUGUUGAGAGAAAAGGGUUACAAUGUAGGCAUAUCUGAAUUUAUUGCCGCAAAGGAUUUGGGUGAAAUAUUGGAGAAAAUGAUAAAUAAUCGCAAUGCCUCCCCAAUGGUCGAGGACUGGACAAACGCUGCGCCACAUCUUGAUAUGGUGGCUGAGCAGCUCAAUGAUUCCCACAGGCAGCAAGUGGUGGACAUCAUAGUUGACAGCUUUUAUGGCAAGGCGGAUCUGGAACAAUGGCUCAAACCAGAUAUAUUCCCGAAUGACUACAGUGAUCUUAUUAAUGAUAUGUGGGAUGUUUUAGUAGAGAAGAAUCUCAGUUUGGUGGUACGUGACAGACGUACAAAUCGCAUCAUUGGAACGGCCUUAAAUUUUGACGCACGCGCUGAACCCGAAGUUGAGGUUAAGUCAAAUCUUAUUAUAGUAUUUGAGUUUUUAGAGUUUGUUGAAGGCCCCAUUCGGGACAACCAACUUCCCAAGGGGCUCAACAAAAUUCUCCACUCGUUCAUGAUGGGCACCAGCUCCGAAUUGAAUCCACAAGAGAAUAUCGCCUGCAUGUAUUUCAUGGAAAACGAAGUGCUGCGCGUUGCUAGAGAGAAACAAUUUGCCGGAAUUUUAACAACCAAUACAAGUCCCUUAACGCAGCAACUCGGUAACGAUGUCUACCACUACAAGACAUUGCUGGACUAUCAGGUCAAUCAAUACGUAUACAUCGAUGGCACUAAACCAUUCGGAAAAGCUCCCGAUUCACAACGUUCCAUUGUUCAUUGGCGCGAAGUUACCGACUAAAGUAUGACGGGCCACAAACAAUUCUUGUUGAUUGAUUUCGAAAGAAAGCAAUCGUUUUAAAAUAUUAGUUAUUUAGCAUAUCAUUUUUUCACCACUUCAUAAUUUAUUUUCGCUGCAUCUACAAAAGAAUAGAUUUCCAUUUUAAUUCUACGCUAUAAAUGGCAUACAAACAUUUAAUUAUGUAUUACUCAAGGAUUGUGUUGAUAAAGUCGGAAUUUGCUUAAAUUCAAGUUAUGUAUAAAAACGCAAAUAACAAAAACAAAAACAUAUGUGCACAUGUAGAAAAUUUGGCGAACUUUUGUAUUUCUUAACGAGUCCUCCACCAACUCAGAAACAGCACAAAAUUAGAAUCUAAAAAUGGAAAUCGGCAAAUCUCAUACUUCCAUUAUUUUUUAUGUAUGUAUAGUAUUAUUUUCUUUGUUGCAUACGCGUUUAUUAUUAUCUUAGUUUUUGUGCAUCUCUCCAAAUAUUAGAUUUUUCGUAAUGCAUGUACCUGUUGAAUACAUAAACAAUCAUCUAUUUAUAAAUCUAAGCUAAAAUAAAUUAAAUAAAUACAAGAAUAUGUCAAAAAUACCAGACAUAAGAAAA